CCCCCGCAGACUCGCUCAGUCCGAGAGACGGAGGAUGAGGAAGAGGAUGAGGAUGAAGCUGGUCCUGGUCGUCUGUGUUUUCAUGUCGGUCGUCUGUGUUUUCAUGUCGGUGGUCACGGAUGCCUCACCUGGCCACCGACCUGCCAGGUCUGCUGCUGCUGAGGCUGCGUGGACCACAGGAAGUUCUGGAGUAAACUUAGAUGGGAAGAUGUUCACCUUGUCUAUUUAUCACGGAGGAAUAACCUUCUUCGCGCCGUACUUCCGUCCUCCCUGGUUAACUACGUCGGGUCAAGUCAGGACAGACACCACCCGCUACUACACGUCCACCACCAGGCCCAGAACCAGAACCACCGAACCCUGGACCAGAUCCUACCCCACCACCACCCAAACCCAGGAACCCGUAACCAGAUCCUACCCCCCCAGCACCCAAACACACCGACCCUGGACCAGAUCCUACCCCACCACCACCCAAACCCAGGAACCCGUAACCAGAUCCUACCCCCCCAGUACCCAAACACACCGACCCUGGACCAGAUCCUACCCUCCCUGGACCACAGCUCUGCCCACUAGAGGCGUCUCUGUGUGUUUCCGGUUCAUCACCGACAACAUUCAGAUGAACGGCCUCUUCACGCUGAGUCCAUCCGGCUACCCUCCUCUGGAGCUGAGGCUCGAUGCAGGCGGCAGGUUUGAGCUUUCGUACGGCAACUCCGUGUACCUGCGGCCUGCCAUCAGGCUGUGGCCAGAACUCAGGCAGAACAUGUGGAACAACAUCUGCCUCACCGUUGACUCCGUGAAGAGUGUGGCCCAGAUGUUUGCUGACUCCAACAUGAGUAUCAGGAAGCUGCUGCCAAACCGGUAUGUGUGGUCAGGUGAACCUGAGAUCAACUUCUCAGGCUUCGACGGGCAGCUGACGGACGUCCAGGUGUGGGAUUAUCCCCUCCGCUACAAGGAGGUGCUCUACUUCAUGAGCAGAGGCUCCUACGGGCCGUCGCGAGGCUCCGUGCUCAGCUGGUCCCACAUCAGCUACUCCCGAGGAAACGCGCUACUGGAGGACGUUUACGAGCAGCAGAUAAAGUCGCGAGCUCGUCAACUGGGCGACGAGAGGAAGACCAAGAAGCUCUCCAAGAUGAAAAAGGACCGGAAACAAGUGAUGUGAAGGAAACAGAAGAACCAUUAAUCAAUCACCACAAUCCAUAUCUAAUCAAUAAUUACACAUGAAUUAUGUUCUAACAUUUCAUUAUGUAAAGUGUGAUUACUCUGCCACAAAUUCCACAGGCUUUGGCUUUAAAGUGUAUUUCUCUAAACGUGUUUUUAUAACUUGCUGCAUUAUUAAGAAAAAAGACAAUAAAGAGAUUUUUCCCUAAAA